AUGGCUAACCACACGGGGAUAAGCGCCACCGAACUCGCGGGCUCGGUGGGGUUGAUCCUGGCGGUUCUCGUAGAGGUGGGGGCCGUGCUGGGCAACGGCACGCUGCUCGUGGUGGUGCUGCGCACGCCCGGGCUGCAAGAUGCCUUCUAUCUGGCGCACCUGUGCGUUGUGGACCUGCUGGCAGCCGCCUCCAUCAUGCCCAUGGGCCUGCUGGCCGGGCCGCCGGGGCUGGGUAGUGUGCCCCUGGACCCCUCAUCGUGCCGGGCGGCACGCUUCCUCUCGGCGGCUCUGCUCCCCGCCUGCACUCUCGGCGUGGCCGCGCUCGGCCUGGCGCGCUACCGUCUCAUAGUGCAUCCUCUGCGGCCAGGCGCGCGCCCGGCGCCGGCGCUGGUGCUCACCGCGGUGUGGGCGGCGGCAGCGCUCCUGGGUGCGCUCUCCUUACUCGGGCCACCGCCCGCGCCACCUCCGGCUCCGGCUCGCUGUUCCGUUCUGGCCGGGGGGCUCGGACCCUUCCGGCCGCUCUGGGCGCUGUUGGCCUUCGCGCUGCCCGCCCUCCUGCUGCUGGCCGCCUACGGUAGCAUCUUCCUGGUGGCGCGGCGCGCCGCUCUCCGGCCCCCACGAGGGACCCGGCUCCGCUCCGACUCUCUGGACAGCCGCCUCUCCUUCUUGCCAUCCCUCCGGCCACGUCUACCCGGGGGCAAGGCGGCCCUGGCCCCAGCCCUGGCCGUGGGCCAGUUUGCAGCCUGCUGGCUGCCUUAUGGCUGCGCGUGCUUGGCGCCUGCGGCGCGCGCUGCAGCAGCCGAGGCGGCUGUCACCUGGGUAGCCUACUCCGCCUUUGCGGCUCACCCCUUCCUCUAUGGCCUGCUGCAGCGCCCGGUGCGCUUGGCGCUGGGCCGCCUCACUCGCCAGGCACUGCCUCGGCUCCCUAAAGUCUGCAUGCAGCAGGCCUGGAACCCACGGACACUCCUUCAGCGCCUCCAGAGACUUCACAAGGACCCUGCCCUAGGCCCUUCCGAGGGACCAGAACAGACCCCAGAAUUGGCAGGACAGAGCUCGAAUGUGUCAAGAGGCCACCUGAGAGAUUUCUCCUGAGCUGGAGAAAGGAAGGUGGGAUCAGAGGGGCACAUCUA